AUGCAGCUCCUGGUGGUGUCAGCAGCUCUCAUGGGCUUUUUGUUCAGUGUUAGAGCAGUGGCCGUGCUUCCUGUGGAGGACAGGAGCCCCAUGCAGGCGAACAAGGAACUGAGCAAAGAGCGCAAGGAGCUGAUACUGAAGCUGGUGUCCAGCUUGUUGGAUGGAGUGCUGGACACCAACAUGCUGCCAGCGGAGGAUCUGCCCGUGCAGCUGGAAGAGCCCCUGGAGUCCCGGCUGGAGGAGAGAGCGGUCUACAACAGGCUAUCGCUGCCACAGCGUGACCGCAAAGCCCCAUGCAAAAACUUCUUCUGGAAAACCUUCACGUCGUGCUAA